GUUGUAAUCCGAAAUGUUCGGCAAUUUUUGAAUGGUUUAAAAAAUUAUCUGGUGAAACACGGCGAGGGCGAGCUACAUGAUCUAAUCGAGAAAGAACGCUCGAGGCUCAAUGCGAAUGAAUUCCUGAACAUCGACGCCAUCUUGGAAGCGGUCCUCCACAAAAUAGUGCUUUGUGAGUUCUCUUCGCAUUACAUCUAUCUGAAAAAUGCCUUUGUUGUCAUUGCUUAA